CUUGUGGCUACACCAUGCAGAUGAACUCUCUUGCACUUGUAAUGCUGGUUCCAUAUGAUGGCUGCAAUAUGGUUCAAGAGGGUGGAAGUUACAUGCUGCCAAUGCUUUGGCAGGGAAUCCCAGUCUCACUCUGGUGCAAUAAACCACCUGCAACUACUCCUGCACCUGCCACUACUUCCGCUCAACCACAGGAUCCUGUACCUCAGACACUCAAGUACCCCCCAUCAUACCCUCAAGUGCCACUGAUUCCUCCCAAAAGCAUGAACCCAGGUGUUCAACAAUCUUAUGUCUUUGCACCAUAUUGGGGUUAUCCUCAUUACCACUCAGUACCCACGACUACCACAGCAGCACCAAUGGCUACUUUGACCACCACUGCAAAGCCAGCAGCUAAAGAUCCUGAAGCUAUGGUUCAGUCUCCUGGCUACCCACCUUUUUAUCCUUGGUAUCUUCCUGGGCCUCUGCCAACCCCUGCAGAGACGACUACAACUACUCAAAAAAUGACGACUAAGCCCACAACUACACAAUCUCAGUUUCCCCAGUUGCCAAAGUUUCCACCAUACGGGCCUUUUCAGCCAUUUCCUCACUAUCAUUGGCCUCUCCCUGGGCCUCUGCCAACCCCUGCAGAGACUACAACUACUCAAAAAAUGACGACUAAGCCCACAACUACACAAUCUCAGUUUCCCCAGUUGCCAAAGUUUCCACCAUACGGGCCUUUUCAGCCAUUUCCUCACUAUCAUUGGGCUCUCCCUGGGCCUCUGCCAACCCCUGCAGAGACUACAACUACUCAAAAAAUGACGACUAAGCCUACAACUACACAAUCUCAAUUUCCCCAGGUGCCACAGUGGCCAAGUUUUCCACAUUUUCCACCAUAUGGGCCCCAGAUGCCGCAGUUUCCACCAUACGGGCCUUUUCAGCCAUUUCCUCACUAUCAUUGGCCUCUCCCUGGGCCUCUGCCAACCCCUGCAGAGACUACAACUACUCAAAAAGUGACGACUAAGCCCACAACUACACAAUCUCAGUUUCCCCAGUUGCCAAAGUUUCCACCCUACGGGCCUUUUCAGCCAUUUCCUCACUAUCAUUGGCCUCUCCCUGGGCCUCUGCCAACCCCUGCAGAGACUACAACUACUCAAAAAUGACGACUAAGCCCACAACUACACAAUCUCAGUUUCCCCAGUUGCCAAAGUUUCCACCCUACGGGCCUUUUCAGCCAUUUCCUCACUAUCAUUGACCUCUCCCUGGGCCUCUGCCAACCCCUGCAGAGACUACUACAACUAAAAAAACGACUAAACUCCCAACUACGCAAUAUCAGGUGCCAAAGUUUCCACCAUACGGGCCCCAAUUGCUGCUGUUUCCACCAUACGGGCCGCAGAUUCCCUAUGGGCCAUAUCCUCCCUAUCCUUUUCCUCAGUUUAUCCCACCAUUUGCCCCAAAAUAUCCAACCUCUAAGCCAGAGACGACCACUGUGACACCAGAACCGACUAGACAAACGACGGCCACAAAAGGGAAAACUGACUCCAGUGGCGCAAUAUCCAUCAA